UCUUCUUCUUCUCCUCCUAAGUCCUUCAGUCCUUCCACUACAUCUCUCGCUCUGUCUCUCUCAUCCGGAAGUAACGGAAGAGACUCCACAAACAACAACAAUCUCCCGUUUCUGCUGGCGAAGAAGAAGAAGAGUAUGCUCGCAGCUUCAUCUUCCUCUUCUUCUUCCUCCUCUUCGUCUUCUUCAGCUAAUCUGAUCUACAAGAGAAGUAAAUCCACGGCUGCUGCUUACGGUGAGAGUUUCGGCCAAAGGAAACGAAGUGGGUUUUGGUCUUUUCUUCAUCUCUACUCUUCGAAACAUCAGAUCAGCACCACCACCAAAAAAGUCGAUAACUUUAGCCAUUCAAGGAGGAACCAGAGAACAGAGACAGGAACAGAGUCAUCUAAGAGGAUCGGUGGUGGUGGAGGCAUUGAUGUGAUAGUUGAGGAAGAAGAUGAGACUCCUGCCAAAGUGGUUUCAGAAACGCCAACAAAUGGUAUUGGUAAUGGUGGUGGUGGUUCGUCUUUUGGGAGGAAAGUGUUGAGAUCUAGAUCUGUUGGCUGUGGAAGUAGAAGCUUCUCUGGUGAUUUCUUUGAGAGGAUCUCUAACGGGUUUGGUGAUUGUGCCUUGAGAAGGAUUGAGUCUCAGAGAGAAGCCACCAAGGUCAUUGGUAAUGGAGGUGGUGAAGCAGCGGAUGCCAUGAGUGAAAUGGUCAAAUGUGGUGGCAUCUUUGGUGGGUUUAUGAUCAUGACAUCAUCAUCUUCUUCAUCAUCAACAACAUCUUCAUCGACGGUUGAUCAUCACAAUCAUAAGAUAGGGAACAGAAGCUGGGGAUGGGCUUUUGCUAGUCCAAUGAGAGCCAAGGCUACUACUAAUCAUAGAGGUCGUACUAUUACAGAGUCUUCAGCUGACAACAAGAACACAUCUCCCAAUUUGGACUCAAUUCCUUCAUUGUUGGCUUUGAAAAGCUAGAGAGAGAGAGAGAGAGAGAGAGAGAGAGAGAGAGAGAGAGAGAGAGAGAGAGAGAGAUGCAUUACUAAGUAUUUCUAAUCUUUAAUUUUAGAGAUUUUCAUAUUUCAUUCAUGUGCUUUUAGUUAGGCUGUUCUUUUGUUCUUUGGACAUUGGUUUGAAUCUUUUGAUUUCAGUGAGUAAUGUAAUGUCAUACUACUUUCUUGUUCAUUUCUAUGUUUGGCAUCUUGGUUA